GCCAUUUAAAACGGGGAACUUUGCUCUUCUGCCUUGCAAUGCAUGAAUCCUGUGUACUCACCGGUGCCUGAAUAAAGACUGAUUGAUUGAACUAUUCCUGUCUUCCUCAGAGAUCUCCUUCCACAUGCAUCAUGGAUUUUAGAAGAGUCCUGUUCUUGUUGCUUUCCUUUCAAGUUUCAGGAGUUGACAGCGAGUCGUCCACAGCAGGCUUGUGUAUCCUCAGUGACUGCUACACGAUACGCCAGGGGGCGGCAGACUUCGACACGGCGAGCGGCGUGUGCGGCGCUAAAGGGGGCCACCUGAUGACAGUCCGAUCGACGGUGCAGAGAGACAUCAUUUCAAUCCUAAAGGACAACCUGCAGGGUCGCUUCUGGAUUGGACUUGAGCUGCCCGCUGGACGCUGUAGCGACCCCUCAAAAGAACUACAUGGGUACCGGUGGGUAACCGGAGAGGAAACUACGGACUUCACGGAAUGGAGAGCGCAGAACUCGUCAGAAUGUGGUCGGCGGUGUGUCUCCGUCUCCAAAGAUCAGCUAUGGGAAGAAAGUUCAUGUCUGGAGGCGGCUGAUGGGUUUCUCUGUGAGUACAACUUUAAUGAAACCUGCCAGGCCCCUGAGAUGGAGGGAUUCUCGUUUACCUACCACACACCUUUAGGUUUUCAGGCGACCGACACAGCUCACGUGCCACCUGGAACAGUAGCAAUCAUGUCACCAGCUGGAUACAAAUUGUACUGUGACAUUAAUGAGUGGAAGCCUGGUCCCUGGGACUGCCAACAUGAAAACGGCGGAUGCAGCCACACGUGUGACAUGGAGGGGGGUAAUGGGAAGUGCAUCUGCCCUGAAGGACUACAGUUAGAGGAGAACCAAGUGACAUGUGAGGCGUCCGAUCCAUGCAGGAGCCACAACUGUGCGCACGUGUGUGUCCCUCAAAAGGACAGUUACAGCUGCCUGUGCCGAGGGGGCUACGACUUGGACCAGGAUGGCUCGACAUGCGUGGACGUGGAUGAAUGCAAACAGGAGCGAGCCUGCAAAGCCGACCAGCUCUGCGUCAACACGCCGGGUAGCUUCACCUGUGUCUGCCCAUCUGGGUUUGAAAUGGUCGACGGUGAGUGUGAAGACACAGACGAGUGCGAGUCCGCCCCGUGUGAACACCACUGCACGAAUACGCAUGGGGGGUUUGAGUGUUCCUUCUCUGAAGGGUUUCGUCUAAAUGAAUAUGAUAAAACGACAUGUUACAGCGUCUGUGAAGAAGAGACGUGUGAAGUGAUGUGUGAUCCGAAAAACAGGGACGUAUGUGAAUGUCCAGAAGGAUACAUACUCCAUAUGGAGGAGGACACUAACGUCUGCAUUGACAUUGAUGAAUGCGACCUUGGAAUGUUUUGUCAGCAGCUGUGUAAGAAUUCAUUUGGAAGUUACACCUGUUACUGUGAAGAUGGAUACAAACUAGAAGCUGACAACUAUACAUGCACAGAAGUACCAGACACAGAAGAUGGCUCCGGAUUAACAAGCAUCACUCCGUUCACCGAAGACUCGGUGACUCCGACUACUAACAUCACCGUCACUGAGGAGUCGGUGAUAUCAGCCGGGGCACUCCUUGGGAUCGUCAUUGGUGUCCUCGUCACUGUCAUCUUGGGGUUCUGCGUUGUGCACCGGGAGUUCAGAUAGCGGGCUAAGUGCGACAUGGCAACGGAUUGUAAGAUCGCCGGUUUGGACAGGGACUACGGGCUUCAGCAAGUCACCACCGAGAAAUACGUCAGGAAAUACUCGUUUAUUACAAACGACUUAAAGGCAUAUACGUGACACGCCAGGGGAAUGCGUCUGCGGGCGCCAGCGGGCUCCAGUGUUUUCUUUGAAAACGAUGCCACUUUGAAACGUACGUUUCUGACGGAGAAUCUGCUCCUAUGUUUCUAGAGAUUUGAUUUAUUUAUAUUUAUAUGCGAGUGGCGCAGAGGUAGCACUGCUGCCUCGCAGUUAGGAGACCCGGGUUCACUUCCCAGGUCCUCCCUGCGUGGAGUUUGCAUGUUCUCCCCGUGUCUGCGUGGGUUUCCUCCGGGCGCUCCGGUUUCCUUCCAAAGUCAUGCAGGUUAGGUGGAUUGGUGAUUCCAAAUUGGCCCUAGU